AUGCGCAGCAAGGUACCCGUAGGCAAGUCCUCACCUCGUCCUAACGUGCAGGUGAAUAACUAUGGGCGAAUUAACUCGCCCGGCGACGACAUCCUUGUAGCCAUGGCAAAGAACGCGAGCAGGUCGGGAAGUCCUACCGCCGCCUCCGGUCCUGCCGACAUUGAGGAGGACGAAUGGUGGAAUCAGCUGGUCGGGAGCGACGACGAGGAGGAAGAGUGGCGGGCUGGUGAUUCCGACAAUGACGGAGGUGAAGAUGCUGACGGUGACCACGCGGAGGCACAGGAAGCGGCGUGCCGGGAGGAGCGACGCCCGAUACUCACCGCUGCGGAGAAGGGAAAGGCCAAGGUCGUGGAAACCCCUGCUAAGGCCCCUGCUCGUCGCCGCACAAGCAACAAGAAGCGCAAGACCGACGGAGACCCGGGAUCCAGCAAGGGUGCGGCUAAGAAGGCGAAGAAGGCGCCGAAUCCUUACGACAUCAUUGUGAACGAGGCGUUGGGCAGCGAUGAUGAGUACGCGGCGGCGGUGGGCCCACUUCCCACGUUCCCAGAGAAGGUCACGCCGAAGGAUCCUACCCUCCAUAAUCCCAACACCCGCCCACCUUCCCCUCGCAGCAAAGACACUACGAAGAAGCGCCGCGGAUGGACCGUGCGUGAGAAGCUUAAGUGGGCGCGCCGCUAUCAGGAGCUCGGCUCCUUGAAGAAGACGAGCUUGGAGUCAACCGCGAGCAUCGCCUGCAUCAGACGAUGGAGUGCGGGGGCGGCAGCGGGCUUCUACAAGGGCGCGGCUAACUGCCACAAGCGGAUUCACGGGGGGGGACGUCACGCACACUACCCCAACAUGGAGGCAGCGUUGAAACCUGCGGAGGCCUCCGCACCCCGUGGUGCUGCAGUGGAUCGCGGAGGCUUGGGAUCAAGUCCCCAAGCAUAUCAUCAUCGACGCGUUCCGCCACUGUGGAUCUCCAGCAAGCUGGACGGAAUGGGGAACCACCUGGUGAUGUCUCACCUGCGCGCCAGGAGCACCACCGAUGUCUCCGAGGACAUGUCCCUCGGGGGAACCACAGGCAACAACACGCGCCUGCUCGGGAAGGCUCCAGAGGAGGAGGAGGGGGAGGAGGAGGAGGAGGAGGAGGAGGAGGAGGAGGAGGAGGAGGAGGAGGAGGAGGAGGAGGAGGAGGAGGAGGAGGCGAAGCAGGCGGAGGGCGUGCGGGAGGUGGCCGUGGCAACUGGCCUGGAGGUGCUGUACCAGGAGACCCCCAACUACCGCGGAGCGGCGGCCGAGGCUGACCGCAUGAUCGAGCCUAGGGAGACGGCUAGGCAUGCCUGGCGAGUGCCAGUCCUGAGUGUAGAGCUGUUGCUAGUUCUCCAGAGGAGGCGGUGA